AUGGCCAUCCAUGUGUGGGGUCUCGUGGCCAUCGUGAUCUUCUACCUCCUGAUCCUGUUUGUGGGGAUCUGGGCCGCGUGGAAGAACAAGAACUCAGGAGUUGGAGACGGAUCGGACCAGAGCGAGCGCAUCAUGGUCGGGGGAAGAGACAUCGGACUGUUCGUUGGUGGAUUCACGAUGACCGCCACUUGGGUGGGUGGGGGCUACAUCAAUGGGACAGCAGAGUAUGUCUACCUGCCAGACUACGGCCUUGCUUGGGCACAGGCACCCUUUGGAUACGCUCUCAGCCUGGUAGUAGGUGGCCUUUUCUUUGCCAAGCCCAUGCGUUCACGUGGAUACGUCACCAUGCUGGAUCCCUUCCAGCAGCUGUAUGGAAAAAGGAUGGGCGGCCUGCUCUUCAUCCCUGCACUCAUGGGGGAAAUCUUCUGGUCUGCAGCCAUUUUAUCUGCCCUGGGAGCCACUCUGAGUGUGAUCGUGGACAUUAACAUCAACAUGUCGGUGGUGAUCUCAGCCCUGAUAGCUAUCUUUUACACUCUGGUUGGAGGACUCUACUCUGUCGCAUACACAGACGUGGUCCAGCUCUUCUGUAUCUUUUUGGGCUUGUGGAUCAGCGUGCCUUUUGCUCUGUCCAAUCCUGCCGUGUCGGACAUCACUGUUACAGCCAAGGAAGUAAUCUACCAGUCACCCUGGCUGGGCAAGAUUGAGCCUGAAGACAAGUGGCUCUGGGCAGACAACUUCUGUUUGCUGAUGUUGGGGGGGAUUCCCUGGCAGGUCUAUUUUCAACGGGUUCUUUCUGCCUCUUCAGCUACCUACGCCCAGGUCCUUUCAUUCAUCGCUGCCUUUGGCUGCUUGGUGAUGGCCGUCCCAUCUGUCCUCAUAGGAGCUAUAGGGGCCUCCACUGACUGGAACCAGACUUCUUAUGGGUCGCUUCCUCCAAAGGAUAAGGAUCAGUCCGACAUGAUCCUUCCCAUAGUGCUUCAGCACCUUUGCCCGCCUUACAUCUCCUUCUUUGGUUUGGGCGCGGUGUCGGCCGCGGUCAUGUCGUCGGCAGACUCAUCCAUUCUCUCAGCCAGCUCCAUGUUUGCCAGGAACAUCUAUCAGCUCGCCUUUCGGCAGUCGGCGUCAGAUAGGGAGAUUGUUUGGGUGAUGCGCUGCACCAUCUUUGUGUUCGGAGCCCUUGCCACUGCUAUGGCGUUGUUAACAGGAUCUGUGUAUGGCCUGUGGUACCUGAGCUCCGACUUGGUCUACGUCAUCAUCUUUCCCCAACUUCUCAGUGUGUUGUUCGUCAAGGGCACCAAUACCUACGGCUCUGUGGCUGGCUACAUCUUUGGUCUUUUACUGCGCAUUGGUGGAGGGGAGCCCUACCUCAAACUCCCACCCUUUAUCUACUACCCCGGUUGGGUGACCCAGGAGAGGAUCCACCAUGUCACCGGGGACGUAGAGUACUUUAUCCAGCAGAGGUUUCCGUUCAAGACUAUGUCCAUGCUGGCGUCCUUCUUGGCAAACGUGGCCUUCUCUUACCUGACAAAGUACCUAUUUGAAAGCGGCACUUUUUCACACAAGUACGACUUCCUGGACGCCGUGGUGUCCAAGCACAGCAAGGAGAUCAUGGACAAAGCCACGCUGGUGAGCAACCAAGACAACAUCAUUCUUUCAGAGAUGGCGCCUGUCAAGCAGGUCCUGGGUGCGUCGCUCGCUGGGACGUUCAUCAACACUGACGUCCUCAGUGAUGAUGGGGCAUCCAGUCCAGAGGCUUUUCACAAUGAAAACUAG